AUGAAGAGUGACAGGUCUAUAUACAGACCCAUCGAGUUCAAAUAUGGCCAGGACUCUGCUCAUCAAUGGUAAGAAUUGUUUGUUAUUGUCUGCCUUAUGUUCCAGAAAGAUAUUGAUGUUCUCCUUUUUUUGACCUAGAAGUAUAGACAGAAAAAAGUUAUGGUAGGCACCAAGUAAAUAAAUUAUUAUCUUUUACUCACUAGGAAAAAUUUGAAGGAACUAGAUUCUCCUGAACCUGUCCAUGUGUCUGGAAACAGUGAUGGGUCCAUGCAUGUGCCUACUCAGUUGAAAUCUGGAGACUCAUCAGCUCACCCAAGGUAAAAAAAAAAAAAAAAAAGGAAAACGAAACAAAAUGUAUCUGUUUUUCAAAUCUUGUCACAGGCUUAUAAUUUAGGUGCUUUUUUCUAACAUUUCAUGCGUUAUUUUUUUACAGUAAGUACACAAAGUUAAGUUUCUGUUCCACCAUGACUUUAUUUUUACAAAUAACUUCUGCAUGUUUGUUUCCUCCACAGAGUUCUUGAACACAACAUUAAGGUUCCUGAUCGUCAAACAAGCCUGGACUCCAUCUUUGUGGUGUGUGUGAAUAUUCAUGUUGCUGCUGAUAAAUCCAUCCACAAACCAAAUACUAGCCCACAAUAUAAUUAAGUCUCUAUAUUGCACUCCACUCUGCAGACAAGCAGGCUUUCUAUCUGUGACUGAUGAUUUAGCUGUUGUUCUUCGAGUUACAGUUUACAUUUUGUUCUGUUUCAGUUGCUUGAGGAGAACAUUAUCAGUUUUGUAAAGACAGAAUUGAAGAAGAUCCAGAGAGUUCUGAGUCCAGAUUACCCAGAAUGUGCAGAGACUCCAAGAGAAGAUGAGGGUAGAGGGCAGGGAAGGAGCAGAGAGGCAUUUUUGAGGAUCACUCUGCACUUCCUGAGGAUGAUGGAACGUGAUGAGCUGGCUGACUAUCUGCAGAGCAGUAAGAAGAUUUGA